AGAGAGAAAAAGCUUCAAACUCUUUUCGCAGAGGAGAGAAGGAGCUCGAAGAAGAAGAAGAUAGUGCAGUUAUCAUCAAUGGCGAGAGGUUUCAAGCUCAUCUUUGCCAUUUCUCUCCUGCUUCUGCUUCUGGACUGUUGCCACGGUGGCAAGGUCGGAGUUUGUUACGGAAGAAGCGCCGACGAUCUUCCGACGCCGGAAAAAGUCGUUCAACUGAUUAAACAGCAUAACAUCCAAUACGUUCGUAUCUACGAUUACAAUCCACAAGUCCUCAAGGCAUUCGGAAACACGAGCAUCGAGCUCAUGAUCGGAGUUCCAAACUCCGACCUCAACGCUUUCUCUCAGUUCCAGUCAAACGUAGACACGUGGCUAAAGAACAGCGUCUUGCCCUACUAUCCAACGACCAAGAUCACUUACAUAACCGUCGGAGCCGAAUCCACCGACGACCCACACAUCAACGCUUCGUCUUUCGUCGUCCCCGCGAUGCAGAACGUCUUAACCGCUCUGCGAAAAGUCGGCCUGAGCAGAAGAAUCAAGGUCUCGACCACUCUCUCCCUCGGUGUACUCUCAAGAUCUUUCCCUCCUUCCGCUGGAGCAUUCAACAGCAGCUACGCCUACUUCUUGAGGCCAAUGCUCGAGUUCCUCGCGGAGCAUCAGUCUCCUUUCAUGAUCGAUCUUUAUCCUUACUACGCUUACAGAGAUUCCCCGAACAAUGUGUCUUUGGACUAUGUCUUGUUCGAGUCUUCCUCUGAAGUGAUCGAUCCCAACACGGGUUUGCUCUACAAGAACAUGUUCGAUGCUCAAGUAGACGCUCUCUAUUACGCACUCACGGCUUUAAACUUCAGGACGAUCAAGAUCAUGGUUACAGAGACCGGAUGGCCAACGAAAGGCUCCCCAAAGGAGAAAGCUGCUGCGUCACCUGACAACGCGGAGACAUACAACACGAACGUAAUCCGCCACACGGUUACAAACCAAGGCACGCCUGCGAAGCCAGGAGAGUCGAUGAAUGUUUAUAUAUUCUCUUUGUUCAACGAGAACCGGAAAACCGGUUUAGAGUCGGAGAGAAACUGGGGGUUGUUCUAUCCUGACCAGACAAGCGUUUAUCAGCUGGAUUUCACGGGGAAGAACAGCCUGUUUAGGUCGAAUUCGAGCGGUACGAACUCGAGUGGGAGUGGUAGUAAUAGCUGGUGCAUUGCUUCUUCUAAAGCUUCGGAGAGAGAUCUGAAAGGUGCUUUGGAUUGGGCUUGUGGUCCUGGGAAUGUUGAUUGCACCGCUAUUCAACCGAGCCAGCCUUGUUUCCAGCCGGAUACUUUGGUCUCUCAUGCUUCUUUCGUGUUCAAUAGUUAUUUCCAGCAGAACAGAGCAACGGAUGUAGCUUGUAGCUUUGGAGGAGCUGGUGUUAAGGUCAACAAGGACCCUAGUUAUGACAAAUGCAUAUACAUAUCGGCAGGCGGGAACAAAACCAAGGCGACGAAUGCAACUGCGUUGAAUUCCUCCGCUUCAACUUCACGUGGAAAUGAACUUCCCAGAUGGAUUUUGAGACUGUGUCUCGUGAUCCCGUUGUUGUUCGGUUUGCAAACUCUGAAUUCACAAGCAUUGUAA